UGGGGCGGCGGAGAGAGAGCGAGGGCGGGCGAGCGGGAGCCGCCGGUGGAGGAGAGGAGAGGAGAGAAGAGGAGAGAAGAGGAAAAGGAGGCGGCUCGGCAGCGGGCAGCCAGAUACGGCUCCGCGGUGCCCCCGAUGCCGCCCACCCCAACGCCGCGUGGGCCCCGCGGGGCGAAGGCGGACGCCGGCGGGCGGGGAGCGGCGCGGUGGUGCUGAAGGACAGCUCCGCUCAUAUCCGCGCCCCGCCGCGCCCCGGCGCCGGGUGGCCGCGAGGCCGCCUCGCCUUGAUGUGCCCCCAUCGCCCACGGCUCUCAUGGCGGUGGCACGGAAAAUUAAAACUUUGUUGACGGUCAAUAUCUUGGUCUUCGUGGGAAUCAUCCUCUUCUCCGUCUACUGCAGGAUUCAGGAUCGUUCACAGGAGCUGGUGCAGAUUGUCCGGAGUGCUGAUCGACGUGUCAGGAGUCGAGGAGCCAAGGUGGGCAGCUUGGCUGAUAGGGAGUCCAUCCUGCAGCGCCUGGACCACCUGGAGGAAGUGGUCUACAACCAGCUAAAUGGCCUUGCAAAGCCUAUGGGAUUAGUUGAAGGUCCAGGAGGCUUGGGCCAGGGGGGAAUGGCUGCUACCCUAAGAGAUGAUAGCCAUGAAUCAGAGACUAAAUAUGAAGAAUAUGGUUACAAUGCCCAACUCAGUGACAGGAUAUCUCUCGACAGGUCCAUCCCUGACUACAGACCAAAAAAGUGCAAGCAGAUGACCUACCCAGAUGACCUGCCCCAGAUCUCGGUGGUCUUUAUAUUUGUUAACGAGGCACUGUCUGUCAUCCUGCGCUCCGUGCACAGUGUUGUGAAUCACACCCCCUCGCAUUUGCUCAAGGAGAUCAUUCUGGUGGAUGACAACAGCGACAAUGUUGAGCUCAAAUUUAACCUGGACCAAUAUGUCAAUAAAAGAUACCCAGGUCUGGUGAAAAUAGUGCGCAAUAACAAACGAGAAGGACUGAUUCGAGCCAGAAUCCAAGGCUGGAAAGCUGCAACCUCUCCUGUUGUUGGGUUCUUUGAUGCUCACGUGGAAUUCAACAUUGGCUGGGUGGAACCUGCACUUACCCGGAUCAAAGAAGACAGAAAGCGAAUCAUCUUACCAGCAAUUGACAACAUCAAGUACAACACUUUUGAAGUGCAGCAAUACGCCAAUGCAGCCCAUGGCUACAACUGGGGCCUCUGGUGCAUGUACAUCAUCCCACCACAGGACUGGCUUGAUAAAGGGGACGAGUCAGCACCCAUCAGGACACCAGCCAUGAUUGGAUGCUCAUUUGUAGUAGACCGAGAGUAUUUUGGUGAGAUUGGCUUGCUUGACCCUGGCAUGGAGGUCUAUGGAGGAGAAAACAUUGAAUUAGGCAUGAGGGUCUGGCAAUGUGGAGGAAGUAUGGAGGUGCUUCCCUGCUCUCGUGUGGCACACAUUGAACGCACAAAGAAACCCUACAACAACGACAUUGAUUACUAUGCAAAGCGCAAUGCCCUACGGGCCGCAGAGGUCUGGAUGGAUGACUUCAAGUCCCAUGUUUACAUGGCAUGGAACAUCCCCAUGGCAAACCCUGGAGUUGAUUUUGGAGAUGUUUCUGAAAGAAUAGCUCUACGGCAGAGACUGCAGUGCCGGAGCUUUAAGUGGUACUUGGAGAACGUCUAUCCUGAAAUGAGAGUCUAUAAUAACACGGUCACUUAUGGAGAGGUGCGUAACAGCAAAGCUAGUGGCUACUGCUUAGAUCAGGGAGCUGAAGAGGAUGACAAAGCAAUUCUUUAUCCAUGCCAUGGGAUGUCCUCUCAGCUCGUUCGCUACAGCUCUGAUGGUGUCCUGCAGCUGGGGCCGCUGGGCUCCACCGCCUUCCUACCUGACUCCAAAUGCCUCGUUGAUGAUGGGAAGGGCAGGACUCCGACUCUGAAGAAGUGUGAGGAUGUCCUGAGACCAGCACAGAGGUUCUGGGAUUUUACACAGAAUGGUCCAAUCAUCAGCAGAGACACUGGCCGUUGUCUAGAAGUGGAAAUGUCAAAGGAUGCAAAUUUUGGGCUCAGAUUAGUUGUACAAAGGUGCUCGGGGCAAAAAUGGAUGAUUAGAAACUGGAUAAAACACGGCCGCCAUUGAUUUCUGGGUCUGAGAGGCUGCUUCUCCUGCCGUUGUCCAUUGCUCAGUGUGCCAUAUCUUGCAAGGCAUUUGUCCUAAAGCAAAAUAGUUUGAACAGGACUUGAAUCUAAACUCCAUAGUUGGGCAAUCAAUGGAGGAAAAAGGGAAAACCAACAGGAAGAAAAAGAAAGCAAAUACAUACGUGCUCUAUUUGGCUAUUUCUUGCUACAGUAGAUGACCUGGGAAGCUUAAGAAGAGUUUUCUGUUUGUUUGGAAAUCUUGGGAAGAUCAGAAAACACAGAAAAGUGUGUUCCUAAGCUCUCCUAGGAGAAUGAAGGAAUAGACAGAUGUUUCUAUGAGUUGAGAGAUCCCAAUACUGCCUCAUAAAGAGAGUUCUCCGAUGGGUAGCUUUUUAGCUUUAAGUUAUCGACUGGUGCACAAAUCCUAUGGUGAAUAAUCAUGUGCCUUUUUUAUUGUACUUCGUAUACAAGAGGACUGGAAAUAUCCUACCUUUUCAGCAUGUCUGUCUCAUUGUACUAAAAUCAAGACCUGUAAAUAACACUGGAAAACAUAAUACAAUAUAUGAUAAAUUUCAAGGUUGAUUGUUUAGGAGUCUCUAUCUCUAGAAAGAGACUAUUCUGCAUAUGUUUACAGGUGGUUCUCAACCUUCAAGCUGCUAAAAGGCAGCAUUUUAGAGACCUCUUCUAUAGACACAGAUAAACAUUGAAUAGGUAAAAUAACCACGUUCCAUUGUAUUGCCACAUUUUACAUUUCUUGACUGUAAAGGCGUCACAAUAUAACACUUGCAUAUCUAACUCUUUUGAGGCAGUAAAUGUCCUUGUAGAUGAGUGGAUUUGGAGAGGCCUCUGCUGGCCUUCAAGCCCCACGUACAGGUUCCAGGCUCCCAUCCUGCAGGGCUGUGCCUGCAGGUAAACUUGGUGUUGUUCCAGUGACUACCUGGAAGCCGGAGGCAGGGAACACUGGAUGCUCAUUACUUCUGCAAAUAAGGUGACUUAGUUGCCAACUGUGGAAUUCAGCAAUUUGAGGCUUCCAUUUUGUUGCCCAUCUUGUGAAAAUGUCAAAUGUGAGCAAACAUGCUUUGUGAGCACCAUCUAGACAAAUUUCCUGAACAAACCAACAAAGGCUUGUCAGUAUUUGAACACAAACAAAAACCUAGUGCUACGAGAAGGAGUUAGAGCAGGAGAGAAACAGGCAGCUUGUAUAAGAAAUGUUACUCUGAAAUAUAGAUAUUUUACUGUAGUUGACCUGGUGACAGCCUAUCUGUGAACCUGAACUUAAUAAUGGCUCAUACAAUGUCUGUGCACAGGCAGCCAGAGCAAUGGCAGAGCCUUAACCAAGAGGUGAUCAGAGCUGGUGACCACUGCCAAGGUCAGCAGGCUUUGGGUGCAGGUCCACAGCUUUUCACUGCAGUAAAUUCAGUCAUACUGAACGAGGGACAGAGACAGCAUCUUAACUUUGUUGUUUAAUAUUUUAUAGUACUUUUAAAAAAGGUUUUGUUUUGUUUUACUGAGCUGGGAAAACAGGUAAUUGCAAACACUGCAGUACCAUAAAUCGUGGUGAUCCGUUUCUCGAAGAGCUUCUGCCGUUCCUAAUUCAAGGCAUGCUGAACAAAAUAAAAUGGAAACAAAGUUAAUUUUUCAAGGGCAUGGUGUGUAAUAAAAUAUUUACUUUUAACAUGCAAAUUCCAUCAGUUGUUGUCAACUCUUAGUUGGCAUCCAGAGAGCACAUCGCUAUAUUUUGCCCCGUUUUAGUUUUGCAGUUGUGUGUACAAUAUGUAAUACAAAGUCUGGAUUUUUUUUUUUUUUUUUUUUUUUUUUUUUUGGUGGCUAACAGCUGAUCUUUCUUUACGUCACAUUCACCAGGUUAUGCAUGAAUUUAUUCAAAAGAAUAAUUAUGGCUGAGAUUCUAAUAUAAAAAUGGUUACAAAUCAGUGUUUAUGGUUAUUUGACCUCUAGAACAGCAUGAUGAGGCCUGCAGGGAGGGGCAACAUCUUGAAUUAAUCAGGGAUUACAUUAAGAAAUACCAUGGAUGGGCUCAGUACUCUGUCCUUCCUGCAGGUCUGAUACAGAGGUAGGGAGAUUCAGGCUAAACAUAGACUGGGAGCAGUUGCCCUUUGUUUAACUUCAUUAAGUUAAGGCAAUUACAUUAGACAAUUGCAAAGAAUCCAGUUACCAUCUACAAGGCAGGUGCUGAAUUCUUUGUAUAGAACUUCUAUUUGUAAGUGACUUUUGAUCUUCUCUCAGAUACAGUUUAAAAGGGGGAAACUGUAUGGAAGUUUUAUUCCUUCUUUUGUUUAUUCUAACAGAUUUUUAUGGCAUGGCUGAGGGAGGCAGGAAGACAGAAAGGAAAUUACUUUUACCUGGUGAGUUCUGGGGGGAGCAAAGUGGCGAGUCAUUCACACCCUGUAUAGUCUUCUCAGUUAAAUACAGCUAACUGUGAAGGUGGCAGAAAGGCAUCUCAAUGCCUCACUAGUAUGAAUGUAAAGUUACAGUACCCAAUAGAAGUGAAUAUGCCACAUGUUGUUUUCUUUCCUGACUUAAAUCAUCAGUCCAGACUUGAUCCUUGGUUAACAAUAGGGCAGCAAGCUUUUCAACCCUUUGCACAUGAAAAAGGAGAAAUACCAAAUCCACUACCCUAAAAAAUAACAUUGCAUUUGCUGUUUAGAAGCUUUGAAGGUGAGAAGACCGGAUAGAUGUCCUUUUAUUGUCAAAGAUUUUAAGCAAAAAUUGUUACCUUCCAUUAUCACACUACCAUAAUGAACAUGAACUGGCUGUCCUGGGAAUAACAUGGCUGCACUUUUUCGAUGCUCAGUGCAAAGCAUUUGAAUGUGGCCACAUGGUCUAAGAAAGGGUCAGUCCUGGCAAGCUUUGAGUGCAGAGGUCACCCAUUGCUGGAAGCCUGCAAGCCUUUCAGUAUGAGAAAGAAUGCAGAUUUCUGUGAUAGUUAAAUGGCUCUGAGACUUAUGGAAUAAUAUAAAAGAAUUCAAAUAACUUAAAGGUAAGGUUGGUUUUCUCUGUGAUUGUCAGGGUGGUUUUUUUUAAGACUUAAUGAAACAAUUUCUUAUAUUUAAGAAAUCCGUCUGUUGUGUUCUUUUUACUUUGGUCUUUAUCUGUCUGAACCACUGCUUUGACUGUGGUAUUAACAUGGUAAAUCUGCAUGUGAGAGAGUCUUAAAUAUUCUCUCAUAAAAGGAAUAACAAUAAUAAAAAAGGCUUGAGUAUUAUCUGUUUUAACCAAAGUCUACGGGUCUCUUGUCAGUAUUUCACCCACAGUGUAAUCCAAAGUCCUGCUUCAUGUUGUUUCAAAUGUUUAGUCAUGUUUCCUGCAGUUCAGAUAAUCUCAAAAGUAUUUAAUACCUUGUAGAGGAAAUUCAGAUAAGAACACAGUUUUCAAUGUCUUUUUUGUUUAAGAGAUUUUGGAGUUAAAAACUGUCUCCUGGGGCAGAGGAAUAGAAGGUAAGGAGCACCAGCUCUGGUAUGGUCCUAUCCUAGGCAAAGAUAUCAAAUAAUACUUGUUUAAGCAUGUCAAGAUCCCUUUAAAAUGAGUUUGAGUCCUGUAUGGAAAAAAAAACACCUUACAGAACUCCCUCCUUUGAGAGCUAUGAACUGUCUUCCAAGCUGAAUUUAUUCUUGGCUGGAGUGAAGCCAUUUGUUCCUCAGCCAGACUUGGAACCAGCUUUAUCGGCUUAGUGGUUCCUGAGGCAAUGGUCACCUCCGGUGGAAAGGAGCUAAGAGGAGGAAGAAAAAAAUUUUAAAGAUAUUAUUGAAGGACUUGAUUGAUUGCACUGGAAUUACAUAAAGGUUGUGCUCCUCCAUGGGGCACGAGAAAUCCUUAGGAGUGUCCCACAUCCCACCAGCUAAAAGCUGGUUCUAUAGACAAAAAUACGGAGACUGAGGCAGUUCUUCAUGUAUACUCUGAAAGCACUGAACCAUCUAUCUCAGUUUAAUGAUUUGGAGCUUGACAUGUGUGAACAUCAAGCUCUCCUUGUCCUUUGGAAACUGUUCAGAUCUCUUUUCAUCAGCCUGCUCCUUUACAAAAACUGUUUCAGUAGAUGAAAACCUCAAGUGCUGUGUGAUAAGGGGUGUAAUCUAUCUGACAUAGGACAGCUGAAAUCUUAAAUGCUUUAGGCCACAUCUAAUAAGCAUUAAUGAAGUAGUCAUAAUCUACUGGAGCAUUCAUAUCAUGCACUACCGAUGUGGUAACAUGGAUAUUCAUCAACCUCCAAGGCACUGACUGUUUUCUCCUAGAGAUGGAGUCUGCUUACUUAGUGAAAAAAGGGAACCCAAGGAGUCAAUACUGCAAUGAUACAGCUAAUAAUUCUCAGUGAAUCUGGCACAGAGCACGCCAAUAUUUACAUCUCUAGACUAAUGUAAUUAAUUAGAUUCAGGUUCUCUCUUAACAAUCUCCCAUCUCUGACAAGUGUUGAAAAUACCUUCUAAAUACCUGGAAUACUUAUACCACGUGAAGAUUUUAGCUGUCUCUACAGUGCACCAGCCUUUAAUAAAAGAUUCACAAUGAUCUCUCAGUACACAGUAACUGAUGUUAGAAUGGUUUCACAAAAUACAUUGACUUAUUUAAAAAUACUGCUAAUAUGUAAUUAAAGAUAUUGUCCUCCUGGAUCACCCUAAGUAAAAAUGAUGUUUUAUUUGCCCAGAAAUAUUUAGUCAUAAAUAUCUCAGUGAAGCAAUACAUGCCAACCUGAUUUCAAAGACCAGAAUUACUUAUUUCAUUUCACAGGGCUGCAGUUCACUACUGGCCAUCAAAAAGUAUUGCCCAGUUUUAAACUCAUUGUAAUAAGUUCAAAAAACCAAUGCACCAACCAGAAGGCAAGUUGUGACUGCAAAUAAUUUUUCAUGAUGUGGAACGUCAUCAAAUCAAUUUGUAUUUACACUUGAAAAGUUAAUAAAUUACUAUGCGUUUUACUGCUGA